AAGCGACGCGUUGGCAUCAGUUGUAUAAGUCUUAUUGUGGAAGUCUCUUCAUUCAUACAUAAUAACUUUUUUUAACAAUGUUCGCUUUGCGUCGUGUCGUUACUGCUGCUGUCACUCCCCGUGUUGCCCUUGCAACUCGCGCUGCUGCUACUACUACUGCCCGUAUGGGCGCUAUGCGUCCUGCUGCAAUUGCCGCUACCCGCAACGCGUUCUACUCGUCAGCUGCUGCUCCCGAGCCUAGAAAGACUGCUACCGUCCAACAUGCUGCUCCUCAAUGGACGGCUCAAGCUGUUGUUGACGGCACGUUCAAAGACUUGUCCCUUUCUGAUUACAAGGGCAAAUUCCUCGUCAUGGUCUUCUAUCCCGCCGACUUUACCUUUGUUUGCCCCACUGAAUUGCUUGCCUUCAGCGACCGCAUCGAAGAUUUCCGCAAGCUUGGUGCUGAAGUUGUCGGUAUCAGUGUCGACAACGCACACUCCCACUUGGCAUGGACCAACGUACCCCGCAAGCACGGUGGUCUCGGAGAUAUCAAGAUCCCUCUUGUCAGUGAUAUCAAGAAGGAAUUGGCCACUGACUAUGGUGUUUUGAUUCCUGAGGAAGGCUUGGCUUUGCGUGGUCUCUUUGUCAUUGAUCCCACACAGACCCUUCGUGUCGCUCACAUCCACGAUUUGCCUAUUGGCCGUUCGGUUGAUGAGACUUUGCGUGUCAUCGAAGCCAUCAAAUUCACUGAUGAGCAUGGCGAGGUUUGCCCUGCUAACUGGCAGAAGGGUGACAAGACCAUCAAACCUAAUCCCAAGGAUUCGCAGGAAUACUUCAGCGCUGUCAACUAAGAAAAACCUAAUUUUUUUUUGAUAAUUAAUAAUAAAAACACAAGAAUUAAAACAGCAGGCGUGUGAUCACACU